AUGGAGAUAGCAAUCUCAUCUGCAAUUAUCUCACUACCUACCACUAAAAUUCCAAGACCUAGUUCUACAUCACUCUCUUUCUCUUCGUCCCACUCAUCGUUCUUCAACGCUGCUUGCUUGACCAGAAACAGUACCAUUUGCAAUCAGGUUCUGGGUCGACCCAGAACCAGAACCAACAGGGGUCUUUCUCCUAAAUGCUUGUUUGGGCUUGGAGUGCCGGAGCUGGUGGUCAUAGCCGGCGUCGCCGCACUCGUUUUUGGCCCCAAGAAGUUGCCUGAAGUUGGGCGCAGUAUCGGCAAAACUGUCAAGAGCUUCCAACAGUCUGAGGCAUAUCAGGCAAGAGGAUAG